UUUCAUUUUCCAUUUCCCAUUUUCCCAUUUCCGCAAUGGAAACCAUACGAAAUCCCCUAUCCGAAAUCCGUCUUCUCUUUUCGUGAUCCGUUACGUUUCGGUAUCGGAUGGCGUUUCCUAUCUUCUUCCCCGAAAUCGCCUUCGUUACGGGAGCUAGUCGUAUCGGACUGUCUUCCAAUCGCAACUGCAAAAUCAUCCCCAAAAACAGCAGCAGAUGCGGAGAAACCAGGUCUCGAUUGAGCGUCACGGAUCUCGAGGUUAGGGUUUCGGGUUCCGUACGAGAUGCGAGUAUUUGUCGGCAUUUCUCUGCUCCGGCACGGCCCAGCUCUCCUUCUCCUUCAAAACAUAAGGCUGGAGGCGGCAACGACGAUAAGCAGAACUACUACAUGAAUACGGGAUAUGCUAUCCGUACUCUGCGAGAGGAGUUCCCAGAGCUCUUCUACAGGGAGCUCAGUUUUGAUAUCUACAGGGAUGAUAUCGUCUUCAAAGAUCCUCUCAACACGUUUGCAGGCAUCGAGAACUACAAGCUUAUUUUCUGGGCGCUGCGCUUCCAUGGCAGGAUAUUCUUCAAGGCUUUGUGGGUCGACAUCAUUAGCGUCUGGCAGCCUGUCGAGAAAGUCAUAAUGAUCCGUUGGACCGUCCAUGGCAUCCCUAGAGUCCCAUGGGAAAGCCUUGGCCGCUUUGAUGGCACCUCUGAGUACAAGCUAGAUAAGGAUGGCAAGAUUUACGAGCACCGGGUUGACAAUGUUGCUCUCAAUUCUCCUCCUUCCAAGUUCCGAGUCUUAUCUGUGGAAGGACUUAUUCAAGCUCUUGGAUGCCCAUCAACACCAAAGCCGACCUAUUUCGAGACCUCAUUAUCCCCAGGCAUCAUGUCUUAUGUACCAUUUCUUGUGAGAUUUACAUGGGUAAGGUACUAUCUGGCGUUUAACCUUACAAUUGCUUGGAGAUGUGGUGCAGGUGGCUGAUGGCCCAAUAUUGAGUUUUUGCUCACAAGCUUUACAAAUUUUGCUGUAUACUGUAAUAUGGUAGUGAAUACAUGAAUAUAUGUACUUUCGUUGAUGUAUAGUUUGUAUAGUGGUAGUUCCACGCA